AUGCAUUUCAACAACAAGAUCUCCGUCGCUCUGUUGGCCGCUCUGGCUGCUGGUUCCGAGGCCGGCCAUGCCCGCAACCACAAGCUCUUCCAUCCCCGGAACGUCAACUCGACCGUGUCCACCUCGUCGGUGAUUGUCUACCCAACCCCGGUGUUGACCCCCAGCUCCUCCGUGCCUGCUGGUUCUUCUCCUGUUUCCUCUUCUUCCGCCGUCACCUCCUCGACCUCGGACGCCAGCUCGUCGGCCAUUACCCAGGCUCCCCCUCUUAGCACUGGUGUCCCUGGAUCUUCUGGAUCUGGUGAUGACAACAACUCUGGAUCGGCCACGGAUAUCACCAUCACCUAUACCCUCGGCACUGGUACCUCGAAGAGCGUGGUCACCACCACUAUCCACAAGACUGCCACUAACACUGAAACUAUCUUCACCAAAACUCCUGCUGUUCCUACUGCCAGUAGCGAGGAGCAGACCACUACGCUUCACUCCACCUCUACUUCUACCGUCACCGUGGUAGAGGUUCCCUCUUCUUCUGCUGCCCCUGGCAACAGCGGCAACAGCGGCAACGACGGCAGCGAGGCUUGCACCGGACAGGCUACCGUCACCGUGACUGCCACCGUCACUGAAACCGUCACUGGGGCCCCUACCGCUACUGCUAAGCCCGGUGACCACGACCACCAGAAGCACCCUGGUAACUCUGGAAACCAUGGCAAGCACAACGGCAACGAUAAGGGUAACGACAACGAGGACGAGGAUAACAACGACCAGGGCGAGGACAACGAUGACGGUGCUGAGCACACCAAGGCCCCUCUCCCCGUCCCUACCCACUCUGGACGUCCUCCCUUCGGCAACGGCACCCUGCCCAUUCCCACCAGCGGCACCGCCAAGCCCACUGGCUUCUUGACCAGCAGCAAGCACGCUUUCCCCACCAACUUCCGCCGCUCCCACUAA